UUUGUUCUUUUUGUGGGCUGAGGGGACGCAACGACGCAACACGAGAAACGAGAACAAACAGCAGUGACAACAACCACAUCGUUAUCCAGGUCCUUGUCUGUACUUGGUACCACUACUACCAACCGUAAGCAAUCGAAGCACAAACUUUGAUAAAAGUACAACAGUAUAAAGUCACGAUGGGGAAAGAAGAGAAGAAACCUCAGCAGGUCAAGGUUGGCUCGAGCGCUGAAACUGGUGCCUACGAGAGAGGAACGGGCAAGAAGGCUGCAACGGCACAGCAAGAAGACCCUUCAGACAGCAAUUCGGUCCUGGACUUUGUACGAGAGUACGCCGAUGAGUCUUCGGGGUUCAUGCUCGAUCAAGAAGCCAAGAUGUUGUGUGCUUGCGAUCCUCCUCCCUCUUCUACUACAAGCACUGCCGCCAAGAGAGCUACAGCCAUUGUCAAUGUACCACCAAGGAUUGCCAAGAAGCAUGUUCCGACAUCUCCCGUUUCUCCCAGGGCUUUGUCUAGUAGUGCCGAGGAAGCACCAGGGUCUCCCGUGCCACCUGCCGUGCCUCUCACUCGAAGUGCUGUGGCCCAAUCCUUGCACCGUCAGACACGUCCCGGUGCCGUUGCCAUUACGCCUUCGAGCAGUGGAGACUUUUUGGCCGUGGAACAACAACAGCAAGAGUGCAAUCAAGAUGAUGAAAACUACACUGCACCAUGGGACAUUACGGGAUCUAUCACGGUGCCAGAUGCUGCCGUGCAACAAGUCUUGUUGGACGAAUUCGAUAACACGAGUAGUACUAGUACUAGCUCGGCAGAUGAUGCAACAUCUACUACCAUGGCCGUCGACCUCGAAGCCAUUACAGCCGAGUUGGUCGACGAAGAUGCAUUGCCCGAAGAGGCGCAACGAGAAAUACAUCGUCUGCGCCAUCAAGUGUCUCAGUUAAAGACACUCUUGGCGCAACACCAACUUCAACAACAGGAACCCACGGCCAUUGUAUUGGCCGAAGCGAUCCACCAAACAUCGGCAGCCAAUUCCAACAGUGUGUUGGCAACCACAACGACGACAUCACGACAAUUGGAUCGACCCAAGAAACAACCACUGGGACAACUAGUAGUAUCACCCAAUAAUGAGCUGCAUGGAAAGCAAGUUCGAGACACAACGACCAAUCCUGAGAAUGAUUGUCACAAGAGAGCGCUUCAUCAUUCCAACCACCAUCAUCCAUUGCAGGGCCGAGACCAGGAAAUGCAAAUCUUACUUCAGUGUCUGCAGCAGACCAAAGAGCAAAAGCAACUCCUCUUGAUCUCGGGAUAUUCCGGUUGUGGCAAGACGGUGUUGGCAGAAUCUCUACGACCCUUGGUCGGUGAGGAGGGUCUCUUUGUUGUUGGAAAGUUUGACCUCUAUCUACGCGAUCAACCCUACUUUGCCUUUGUGGCGGCAUGUGAGCAGAUUUGCCAUGCCAUCAAAAAGAAGAUGGUUGAAGACAGCCUCGACCAUCCAGACGGAUCAUUCCGCACCUCUAGUAUUGUCGACAAACUCAAGUCUUGUUUCUCGCCUCAAGAUAUCGCAAUUCUCGCCAGUACAUUGGUUCCAGGCCUUAAGGAGAUUCUGGUAGUAGACCAACAACACCAGUGCUGCUGCGAGGAGGAACAAGGAUCCUUGGACGCCAAGAAUCGACUGCAGUACCUCUUUCGACUCUUCAUACGGACCAUUUCCGAAUGCUUUGCGCCUCUGGUCAUUGUAUUGGACGAUGCGCAAUGGAGUGACCCCUCGUCCUUGGAUAUGAUGCAAUCCAUCUUGACGGAUUGCGAAUGCCACAAUUUGCUCUUGAUUGGACUGUAUCGAUCCAAUGAGGUGGUGGACGCGGAAGAUUGUCCAGGCUUUGAAAGUCACCUCCUGACGACUGUUUUAAGGGACCUCAAGGCUCGUGCAGAUCGAUCUUCAUUGACCAUUACCGAGGUGGAAGUAGGAAACUUGGCGCCAGAAGCUGUGCAUUUGGUCGUCAAGGAGGUCGUCGAAGUAUCAGACGACAAAAACGAAGAGCUGCUGGCCUUGUCUGAGCUUUGCCACAAGCGGACAGAAGGCAACGCCUUCUUUCUCAUGUCGUUCCUUGCCAUGCUGGAAGAGGAAGACCUUUUGGUGUGCGAGAAUGGACAGUCUCGUUGGGAUAUCGAAGCGAUCAAAUCCCGCACCAGUGCUACUUCCAAUAUUGUGGAUUUCAUGAAACAGAAAAUGGCCAAGCUGCCACAGGAGUUGUGCCGAGUCCUGUCCAUGGCGGCUUGUCUUGGUUCCACUUUUGAACGGUCUCGAUUAUUGGUAGUUUGGAGCAGCCUGCUGGGACCCAGGGACGAUGCUUCGUGCAGUGUGCUACAACAGCAGCUCUCGUUGGCGGUGGACGAGGGGGUUUUAGAUCAGUUGGAUGACGGGUGUACCAAAUACAGAUUUGUCCACGAUAAGCUACAAGAAGUUGCGUUUCUUCUCAUCCCAGAAGGACAAUCCAGUGAUUUCAAGUUUCAGAUUGGCAGCAUACUGCUCGAGAACAUGAGCGAAGCCGAGAGGCAAAGCAACAUUUUUCUGCUGGCCAAUCUUCUCAAGGAGACUCCCAAGGAUCCGCUGUCUCUCCCAGAAAAACAGCAAUUGGCGAAAAUUAAUUUGCGGGCGACAAGCGAAGCUCUGGCCUGUGGUGCGUUUUCAAGUGCAGCUAUUUACGCAGACAAAGGCAUCGAGUAUCUUCCGAAUGGAAGCUGGGAAAGCGACUACAAUCUAUCGUUGGAUCUCUAUUCUUCAGCUGCAGAGGCUCAUGAAGUUGUUGGAAACUUUGACAGGAUGAAGCACUGUUGCGAUCAAGUCAUUGCGCGUGACUGUCCGAUCGUUGAUAAACUUCGUGUCUACACAGCACUGACAUUACAGAUAGCCAAUUCUGGGAAACAUAUGGAGGCUACCAAUAUCUUGCUGGAAGUUCUUGAGAUGUUGGGCAUUUCCUUUCCCAAAUCAGCUUCUGGUCGUGCCUUUGCGACCAUCAAGGCCUUGAUCAAAUGCAAGAUGGGAGUAAAGCACAGAACUCAAGAGGAAGUAGAUAAGCUUCCGAUUUUGCAUGACCGUCAAAAGGUGGAAACCAUGAAGCUUCUGGACCGGCUGAGCCAAUACUCCUACCUGGCGGGAAGUGAUAUUGCGGGGCUGAAUCUCCUUAUCGCCACUGAACUGACACUGAAGUGGGGCAUCUCCCCAGUGUCUUCUCCAGCUUUUGCUGCCGUGGCCACGAUAAUGGUAGGACCUUUGAACGACCUGCAGGGGGGGACCAAAAUGGCCAACUACAGCCUGAUGCUGGAAGAGAGAAUUGGAACGGGCAUACCACUCUCGCGAUCCAAGAUGAUUGGAGGCAACAUGGCUUGGAGCUGGACUCAGCCUUGGGGUGACGUUGCAAAACUAUUGGUCGAGGGCUACGCAGAGGGAAUGGCAGCUGGGGACACUGAGAGCGCCAUGUACAACAUCUACUCGUGGCUCACCAACCGGUGGUUUGCCGCUCGGAAUCUGCAGCAGAUGGACAUUGAUUUUGACUGCUACACCAAGCAAAUGAGGGAACUGAAGAGGAUUCAAGCUCUGGACCUCACCUUGCCCCUGUGGCAAGCGAUCAGGAAUCUGAUGGGUUUGUCCGAAGAUCCAACUGUGUUGCAGGGUGAUGUCAUAGCCAACUUUGAAGAAUUCGCGAGCACCCAUCAACAAAACAUUCCCUGGGUCCUGAUCACUAUGGAUAUACAAGUAAAGCUGUGCACUGUCUUCUGUGAAUAUGAAAAGGCAGCUGACAGAUUCAUUGAGCAAGGGUUUGACUGGCCCAAGGGAAGUCCUGGUCAACCUUUUUUCAUGGAGAAUGCAUUCCAAGGGGGCGUUGCUUGCUUUGCCAUGGCUCGCAGCACCCGAAAGGCAAAGUACAGAAAGUAUGCCCUCAAGGCUCGAGCGACAAUCAAGAAUUGGGUUGGGCAAGGUAAUCCCAAUGUGAAGCAUCAUGCAGCAUUCCUUGAUGCUGAGUAUGCCGCUCUCAAGAAGAAGCGAAGCAAGAGUGAAGGGCACUACAUGCGAGCAAUCUCCCUUGCCCAACGAGGCGGUUUUACGCAUGAUGUGGCUUUGGCCAACGAACGGUUCAGCCACUUUGUCCGAACGGAAUUGAAGGACGAGUUGAGUGCAGACUACUACAUGAACGAGGCGAUCCGAAACUAUGCGGAAUGGGGUGCUACCAAGAAAGUGGAGUUGCUCCAAGAACAGUGUCAAUCUGUACUGUUCCAAGGACAUCAUCCAUCUGCAAUGUUGUCCUGAGAGAAGUUGUCUACUGCAACUAUCUGUACUGGAGCGACGGGGACGACAAUGCUAUUAUACGAUACAUCUGUUUCAGAAACGAGCUCCGGUGAUGGUGGGUCUGGGCUGGUCUGGGCUAGCUGGGGAAGCACUGGAUGUGCAUGGCUUUCAAGGGUGUCGGAGGUUUUCUUCUUUGGUUCUCAGAGGCAUCCGAGAUGGUGGUCGGUGGGGUCAAGGUUCGUUGCUGAGGACGUGCUCGGAGUCUAAAGGUGACAACAGAGGACAAUUUUUGCAACAGAUUGCUUUCUUCUCCAAAAGACAAGAAAACCUUGUCAGAGCCUGGCUUGGGCUUGGGCCAAUCGCCUUGAGUCCUUCUUUACACCAGCAAAGACCUCUUGAUUGAACCCGAUAGUAGACUUCGAGUCUAAAAUUUCUUGUUUCUAACACCUUCGAGCUGCUUGAUUCGUAGAGUCGUCGGCUGAUGUGCGGGUUGCAUCAACGGGGACUACAGUACGAGGCCCAAACUGAUUACAUGCUCCUCAGGGUACAACUAGCUAGCGUUAAAAGAAGCCCAAUCGAUUCGAUUGUCAUUCUGCUGAGGAUCAAUUGUUGCCUAGAAUUGGAUAUGUGCCUGCU